UUUGAUGCUUGACUCCGUUGCAGUCUGAGUGGCUACACGGCAUCAAGCGCAAGUGCACGUUACUCAUACUGUAUCGCAAUAUUUUAGCAACCGUUUUAUGCAUGCAUUGCCAUUUUUCUCGGCAUUGGCUAUAUUGAGAUAAGUCUGUCUUUUACAUGAUCUGUUUUCAUCCGUAGCCGAGUCUAAAUUAAGAUUUUGAUCUUUUAUUACUGAACGUUGGGAGCUAUCGAAGGCAGCUCAGAUUCAACAAUGGCGACAGCUGCGGUAUCUGGCCCUCCAGGCGGCGGACUCAACUCCGUAUCCGGGGCCGAGUUGGUCCGUGGGCAGGCAUUCGAUGUCGGGCCCCGCUACAGUAACUUGUCUUACAUCGGAGAAGGGGCUUACGGGAUGGUCUGCUCUGCAUACUGCCGGGACAACAAGGUGCGAGUGGCCAUCAAAAAGAUCAGCCCCUUCGAGCACCAGACCUACUGCCAACGCACGCUCCGCGAGAUCAAGAUCCUGCUGCGCUUCAAACAUGAGAACAUCAUUGGCAUCAACGACAUCAUCCGAGCACCCACCAUCGACACGAUGAAAGAUGUCUACAUCGUACAAGAUCUGAUGGAGACGGACCUGUACAAGCUGCUGAAGACCCAACACUUGAGCAACGACCACAUUUGCUACUUCCUGUACCAGAUCCUCCGAGGGCUCAAGUACAUCCACUCCGCCAACGUGCUCCACCGCGACCUUAAGCCCUCUAACCUUCUCCUCAACACUACCUGCGAUCUGAAGAUCUGUGACUUUGGAUUGGCCCGCGUGGCAGACCCGGACCACGACCACACCGGCUUUCUGACGGAGUACGUGGCCACACGCUGGUAUCGGGCACCCGAGAUCAUGCUCAACUCAAAGGGCUACACUAAAUCCAUUGACAUCUGGUCCGUGGGUUGCAUCCUGGCUGAGAUGUUGUCCAACCGGCCCAUUUUCCCUGGGAAGCACUACCUGGAUCAGCUCAACCACAUCCUAGGAAUCUUGGGCUCUCCAACCCAGGAGGACCUCAACUGCAUCAUCAACAUCAAGGCCAGGAACUACCUGCUGUCCCUCCCCCUGCGCUGCAAGGUGCCCUGGAACCGCCUCUUCCCCAAUGCCGACCCCAAAGCCCUGGACCUGUUGGAUAAGAUGCUGACCUUCAACCCCCACAAGCGGAUUGAGGUGGAGGAGGCUCUGGCACACCCUUACCUGGAGCAGUAUUACGACCCUACAGAUGAGCCUGUAGCCGAAGCGCCCUUUAAGUUUGAGAUGGAGCUGGAUGACUUACCCAAAGAGACACUGAAGGACCUGAUCUUCAAGGAGACGGCUCGUUUCCAGCCCGGUUUCAGGCCCUAGAGUCCCCCACAGAGAUGGUGAGGAACUGACGAGGGUGUCCUUCCCUUGUUGCAGAUCUGGUGAGCCUGACCGGCUGUGGCUGCUUUCUGCCAGCAUCUUCUCCACUGUGUGCUGUUGAUUUUGAUUUUGUUUUUGUUUGAUUUCUUUUCGUUUUAAACGUCUGUGGCAAAGCCUGUCCUCACACUCCUGUCUGUCCAUGUCUCAGGAACAGCGUCAGAAAUAUCCCAUUGCUCCCCUUCCUCACUCUAGCUUCUUCUUUUUUUUCUUUCUUCUUCUUUUCUUUCCUUUCUCUUUCCUCUAAGAACCUCUCUGCUUUCUUUGUAGUCUAACUUUUCCUCCCCCGCCCCCCCCUUUAUUUUUUUUCGUCUGUCGCAUACUUUCCACUCUCGUGUCGGGAGCGGGUGCCCUGGUGGUGGACUGGAAGUGUAGGGACACGACGUGUGACUGAAGCCAAGCUGACCAGCGUUGUGUAUCGGUGGGAAUUUGGACUAGUAUACGAAUCCUGUAGAGCCAGGCUCUUCUGUCCUGCAUUUCAGUUAAAAAGAAAAGGUACUGUAUUGUGAUUGUGAAACAGUUUUGCUCUCGUCAAUAAUUUUUUAUUUUAAUUUUUUUUUAAUAGAGCUACUGUUCUGAUAACGUUUCAUUUUACAGAAGUUUUCCUAAAGCCGUUUUUUUUCCCUUUCUCUGUUUCUCUCUACCGAGGCCAAACUUAUGAUCAGGGAGAGAUUAGAGCUCAGAGAUCUUAUCACAUGUGAUGUAUGCAGUGGUCUGAUGCUCAUUUACAGGGUGCAUGUAACAUGCGCUCUAUGCACUUUUCUGGGGGCGGGGGGGACACAAACAAUCUGGAGUUUUGUCAAGGCUCCAUUCCUGGGCUGGUUAAGUGCCUAGGCCCAAACCAACCCACCCCAAACCACCCCACCCCAUCACCUUCUGCACAUACUCUUUGAAGCGAAGUUUGGUACAGACGAGUAACGCGGUCACGGAAGCAUCAUGCCAUAAGAGUGCUGGGACUAUAAGGUGGCACUGCCAUAUUUUUCUGACCACAUCCGCCUCGCCGGAGGCCGUCUGUGAAGCAGGCCGUGGCUCAGGCAGGGCGGCAUCGUGCUUGGUGAACCUCAGGCACAGGUCCUCAACAUCUUCACACAGGCACAGGCCCUCAGCAGGGGUACAAUACAAUAGGGCUACAGCCAACAGCUUUCUGUGGCGAAGCUUCGGGUUUGCGUAGUCAAAACAUAUCCACAUUCAACAUGCUGAGGGGAAUAGCUGUAGUUGUGCUACAACAUAACGAGGGAACGCUUUUGUUACUUUUAAAAAAAGUACGGUGCCUCCUUUCCUCCUAGCCUUGCGUCUCUCUUUCUCUUUCUCUCUCUCUCCUCUCUCUCUGCUCUCUCAAGCUCAUUCCCUUCGCCUUGUUACAAACAAGACUGUGCCCUUGCAUGACUGUUAAAAGCUUUCUAUACAAAGACUAUGUAAGUGCCACAUGACUUGGAGUUCCACCUGGGAACCUCCAGGCUUUUGUUAUUCUAUCUUUCGUGGUCUCACAGGUCCCAUUUAGAAAAGUGUAGAAACUUUUUUUUUUUUUUUUUUUUCCUUUUCCUCAAAGGCGUUUUUU